CUACACUGCUUAGUCAGCACUGAUAUGUAUUAAUCAGUCCUGUAUUCUGCCACACUAACCACGGUGUUGGAAAUGCUCAUUUGAUUGAGAUAUUAAUUUUGAAAUGCAUUGCUCACAUGAUAUGACCGUUGGUGUGACUGAUUAUUCUCUGUGGCAGACAUAUUCUCAUCCAACUUAUUUCGUGUUGUUUAUUGAUACUAGUGAAUAUCCACGCCUGGACCGAGUUUCUUAGAAUGACAAUAUCAGGAACCCUAUAUACCCCUCAGGGAUACCACAGAUCCUGGAGAGCUCAGAUAGCGGCUCAGUUUAGUGGUGCUACUUUAAAGAUAGUGAAUUUUGUCCCCGGUGAAACAGACAACGAGAAGUCAUUCUUGGCUAAAUUCCCUCCAUCUACUGUCCCAGUAUUCGAGGCGCAAGAUGGGACAUGCCUGUUUGAUGUGAAUGCUAUCGCGUAUUAUUUGGGAACCAAUCAGCUGAGAGGUGGUCAGAAUUCAAAUUUCGUUACUCAAUGGGCUAACUAUGCAGACAAUUGCAUACUCCCUUCCGUCGCGACAUGGGUUUAUCCGUGUCUUGGUAUCACACAGUUCAACAAACAAAACACAGAGAAGGCUAAAAGUUCGCUAUUGUCUGUUCUUAAGUUUUUGAACGAACAGCUAAGCAAGGUAACUUUCCUUGUAGGUGAUCGGUUGUCUCAAGCCGACAUAACCGUAUUCACAGCACUGCAUCCGUUGUUUACUCAUGUUUAUGAAGAGAACGAUCGAAAGCCUUUCCCUCAUGUUGUACGUUGGUAUACCACUGUUGCUAACCAGCCAGAAGUGAUGAAAGUGGUUGGGAAGUCAUCGUUUUGUGUUAAGGCUGCCCAGUUUGAUGCCAAAAAGUAUGCCGAGUUACAUGGAAAGGUCACUGAGACUAAGCCACCCAAGGAAUCAAAAGAAAAACCCAAGAAGGAAGCUCCUGCCAAAAAGGAGACUCCUGCUAAAAAAGAAAAACCUGCUGCCAACGAUGAUGAAGAAGAGGAACGCCCGAAGCCUAGUAAAAAUGCCCUUGCGAAUCUACCCGCUGGAAAGUUUGACAUGGAUGCCUUUAAAAGAGUGUACAGUAACAUGGACAUUGAGAAAGAAGCGAUUCCUUACUUCUGGAGUAAUUUUGACCCAGAAACGCACUCCAUUUGGUAUUGUGAGUACAAGUACCCUGAGGAGUUAUCACUGGUGUUUAUGACAUCUAAUCUUAUUGGUGGCUUUUUCCAACGAGUAGAAAAGUAAGUAUAUAUACAUACGUAGUGUCCCUCAAUGUGUUACGUAUACUUAAUUGUUUUUAGAGGUCACUAAUUAACUGCGAAGUUGGUUCUGUAUGUGACAAGCUGGUAAUUGUACUAGCACUGUAUGCUUUUCGCCUUUCAUGAUCAUUUUUUCAGAGAAUGAUAUUUUUUGAAUGACUUUUAUUCGCAGGAUGAUCAAGUAUGCGUUUGCUAGCAUGUGUAUCUUUGGAGAAAACAACAAUAAUACCGUUGGUGGUCUUUGGAUUUGGCGUGGUACUGGUCUUGCUUUUGAGCUAGAUGAAGAUCUUCAAGUCGACUACGAGUCUUACAACUGGCGGAAGCUAGAUCCUCAAGCUGAAGAAACGAAGAGUCUUGUUCACGAUUACUUCACACGCAAGUUUCAGGACAGACCAUUUAACCAGGGCAAAAUAUUUAAAUGAAAAUAAAGUGUUUUGUCUUGCUGGUUG